AUGCACCGUACUUCAAAUUAUCUCCUUCUUUCCGUGAUUGUAUACUUUCUCAUCGCUGUUGCUUUACGCCUUCGGAAGCGUAGAUCUGCCAUUCGGAGGAUUCGCGGACCCCCACGUCCUUCAUUUCUAUUAGGUCAUGAAGCACUUCUCCGUAAUCGUGAACAUGUUGGCGACUUGGAGAUGGAAUGGUAUCAACAAUAUGGCGCUGUAUAUCGCACUGGCGGAUGUUUCGGGCAAGAUAUUUUGUUCGUCGCUGACCCUAAGGCGUUGCAGUACAUUUUCCAUUCGUCCGGAUACCGUUUUCCAAAGACAAGAGACAUCCAUCGUAUCAAUGAGGCUUUCGUGGGACCAGGCGUAGCCACUGUGGAGGGUGACAUCCACCGACGCCAGCGGAAAAUUCUCGGUCCUGCUUUUGCAGCAUCGCAGCUUCAACUUUUUUUGACUAUCUUUCAAGAAUCAGCCAUGAAGCUUACAGAGAAGAUCAACGAGCGUGUUGGGGACGCCAGAGUCCUCAACGUGUUGGAAUGGACAAGCAAGGCUGCACUGGAUAUCAUAGGCAUCACCUCUUUCCGAUAUUACUUCAAUUCGCUCAAUGACGGGCAAACCGAGCUAACUGCAGCACUUAGAAAUGUCUUUGGCGAAGCUCAGAUGUGGCCGACGACAUGGGAGCUUCUGUUUCCUGCACUCUGGCGCAUCCUUCCCAAAUGGCUGCUUUUACUGCUCGAGCAGCUGCCUAGCAGAGAUACCGUGCGAAUGAAGCGCUUUAGAGACACUGCGACUAAAGUAUCCCGGCCUAUCUUCGAGAAACAACUGACCGAAGUGGCCAAUGAUGCCAAUCCAGCUGAGAAGGAUGUCGUCAACGUUCUCGCAAUGUCUUAUCUCUCCGACGAUACGAAGAAGAAGAUGAGCGACAUAGAAAUCGACUCCCAGCUAGCGACGUUUGUUCUAGCGGGCCAUGACACCACUGCCAACACGAUGGCCUGGCUACUCUACGAACUGAGUCGUCAUCCUGAUGACCAAGCGAAGAUACGUGAGGAGAUUGCCAUAGCGAAAGCGAACGCCCCGAGGUCGCUUACUUCGAGCGAUUAUGAUUCAAUGCCUUGGCUUAACGCUACUAUUAAAGAAGUUCUGCGUUACCAUCCUCUGGCGUAUGGCCUCUUCCGUGAGUCGGCUCAGGAUGAUAUCUUACCCCUGGCCGAACCUAUCAUCACUUCGAAUGGUGACGCAUGUUCAGAAAUCCCUACUUCUAAGGGUCAGGUCAUUUUCGCCUCUGUAUAUACCUAUAACCGCCUUCCGUCUGUCUGGGGUGACGACGCCGCAGAGUGGAAUCCUCGUCGAUUCCUUGGAGAUCGCGGAAUCAAACAGGAAUCUCUUGGUGUUUAUGCAAAUCUGUUGACUUUCAGUGCUGGUAUUCGUGGGUGCCUUGGGUGGCGAUUCGCCGUUAUGGAGUUGCAAUCGGUAGUCACAGAACUUCUCAGCAACUUUGAAUUCAGCAUUUCGAAGGGAGCACCGGAGUUGCAGCAUGGUCCAGCGGGCUUCGUUUUAAUCCCCAUCGUUCCGGGAAAGGCGAAGGAGGGACCGCAGAUCCCGCUGCUUGUUACCCCUCUCAAGAAGUAG